AUGGCCACCUCUCUCGGCCACAAACGCAAGAUCUCCUUUGCUGACCUCGAGCGCACCUUUCGCGCUGCAGGCCCUAUGGUACCACCUCCACAUCACCCCAAUCAACAACAACAACAACAACAACCACCACUCAAUCCCGCCCAACUUCAAGCCCAACGUCUCGAAGAGAUCCGACGCCAAGACGCUGCUCGUCGGAUAAGCAAGAAGCCCACGGACCGAGAGAUCCCGGAUGAAUUGUCGGGAGUAAUUGUGGGCGAUGGAGUGGAGCGGUAUCAGAAGUUGAGGGAUGUAGAGAGGAGGCUUGACGCGGUCAUGAUGAGGAAGCGGCUGGAUGUGAGCGAUAAUCUGCAGAGGCGGUAUACGAGGCGGGAGGGCGUGAUGAGAGUGUGGAUUAGUAACACAGCGGAGGGACAGCCAUGGCAGGUGAUGGAGGAAGGCGGAGGAAUGGGCGAGGACGGCGGCUUCGAGUUCGGGGAUAACAGCCAGGCGACUUUCCGUGUCAAGAUCGAAGGAAGGCUACUGGACGAGGAGGCGCAGGAGGAUGGGAAGGAAAAACAGAAGGAGGAAGACGGGGAUGUGAAGCCGCCACCGCAGAAACGACCACGACUCAGUCAUUUCUUCAAGGCAAUCACGAUUGAUUUUUCGCGCAAUCCGGCUUUGCAGCCAGAUGGCUAUAGCGCGAUCGAGUGGCAGAAACCUGUUCCUGGACCCCAGAACCCGACUUAUGAUCCUAGUAGUAGUGAGGUCAGCUUCGAUACGCUGGAGUUCGAGCGGAAGAGCGACGAGAAUAUCAACGUCACCAUGAACCUCACGCGAGAUGAGAAGAAUGAGCGAUAUAAGCUUAGUCCUCUACUCGCGGAGAUCUUAGAUACCGAAGAGGAAGAUCGAGCGGGUGCUGUGCAGGGCGUGUGGGAGUACUGUCGGGCGAUGGGUCUACAGGAGGAUGAGGACAAAAGGAGUAUUGUCUGCGACGAGCCGCUGAGAAGGCUUUUUAAACAAGACAAAAUCUACUUCCCCUACGUCCCGGACCUCCUGCACCCACACCUCCACCCCCUCCCUCCCAUCCAACUCCACUACACCAUCCGCGUCGACAACCCCUACCUCACAGACCCCACCACACCCUCGGCACCCACCAUCUACGACCUCCGCGUCCCUCUUCCCAACCCGACCAACGCCCACCUCACCCGCUUCCACACCUCAAAACCCCACCUCCAAAGCCUCCAAACUAUCGUGAAAACCGACGACGAUCUCGCCUUACUGGUCCAAGGCAUCCAUGCCCAGAAUGCGAAGAGGAGGUUUUAUGAGCAGUGUGCGAGGGAUCCGGCGGGGUUCGUGAAGAGGUGGGUGGGAAGUCAGAGGAGGGAUUUGGAGGUUGUGCUUGCGGAGGCGGGGAGGAGUGGCGGUGGGGAGGAUGGGGGGGUGGGGGGAGAGGAGUGGAGGAAAGGUGGUUUGGGUGGGGUAUGGGGGAGCGAGGGGGCCAGGGAGGGGGUGGGGCUUUGGUUGGCUAGGGGGAAGCAUUGA